AUGAGCUGGUCAGCUGCUGGCUCCAAGGCAGCCGCGUCGCUCGCCAGGCAUGCGGCGCCCGCCUCCGCUCGCGUUUCAAAUGCCCUCCAACGCCCUUCGCCGCCUCGUCACCUCCUCUACCAUCCGCGUCGAUCAGCUCAGCUCAACCCUGUCCACGCGCUCAAUUUUUCGGCCUCAACGUCCUCAGGUGCACCCACCAGCUCGAAGGCCAAAGCUUCUUCCCGCGCCCGAGAUGCUGCCGACGCCGAGGCAGCCCCCACCCCAGGUGUCCGAGUGACCGACAAAAGAAGCAACCAGCCCAGCACUCAAGACAACACCGAAAGCUCGUCUCGAACACCACAACCCGAGACUGUGCUCGAGGUUGACGACGUCAAGCUUGCCGCCAAGCCCGCAGAUGCAUCUGCUCCAAACAUGGCAAGCUCGACCAGAGCGAGCUCAGCGACAGAGCAGUCCGCUUCAGACUCGCAGCAGCAAGAGGCAGCAUCAUCUUUGCAAGCGCAGGCUGCAUCGGCCUCCACCACGAAUGCCACCGGUCCGCCCACUCAUGAAGACCUGCUCAAGCAGCGCUUCUACCACGCCCAAGAACAGAACAAGAGGGUCUACUCGGGUCUCACCCCUCCUCCCAACCCCACCGCCAAUCUCUACCCUUCCUUCACAACCCCUCAAAUGGACGAAGCUGCACCCGCUCCCUCCGCCACCGCCACCACAUCAACUUCUGGCUCCACCUCCUCGGAUUCCAGCGCAGCAAGCUCUUCGGCUUCUGCCUUCGACACGGCCGGCGCACCUCAAGCCUCACAGCAGGGCGUAGAGCAUGCUGGCGACGUCGAGUUCGACAACCGCUUCCAUCGCCACGCUUCCUCGCAGUCGCUUCAGAGCCUUCAGAUGCCCUUUGACACCCACGGCUUCGUCAAGCGUCUCGAAGCCGGCGGUUGGCUCUCCACCGCACUCAAAGCGCAGCGCCUCCCACCCAAUCCAAAGUCGGCCAAGUCCAAGCAGACACAGCCCGAUGCAGAUGCCGGCGGUCUCCAGCUCCAGAUCGCUCGCCGUCACGAUCCAGCAGAGGCCAUCAUGCAGGGCGUGCGACACCUCAUCACCACACGCGGCCGCCAGCUCGCCAACGCCUGUCUCAACAAGAGCGACGUCGAGAACCAAGCGUACCUCUUCAAGGCGGCGCUCUCCGAGAUCCGCACCGAAGUCCAGGUUCGAGGCAGGAACGACGCCGCAGGUCUGCGAAGCAUCACCACGCUCCUCCAGCGCGAGGUGGAUGCGCUCGAGCAAAAGAUGAAGGAGGACGUCGAGCGUCUCAAGCACGACAUCCAGGUCGACAUGAACAACCGCAAGGCCGAAUCCAAAGAGGAACAGAACAACCUCGAGCAAGAGAUCCAGGACCUCAACAACCGCUUCACCAUCAGCCUCUCGGACCUCAAGACCGAGAUCGAGCAGAACGUAAAGUGGGAUGCCACGCGACGCAGUCUUUUCCUCGUCUUUGGUAUCGCCGCCAUCGUUGCCGCCAACCUCGCUAUCGCCGACUACCUCACAAGGGACGAUGAAGCUGCCAAGGCCGCCGCGAGCAAGGAGCUCAUCACCGCAGGUCAUCCACCCGCAUCCACCAACGCCGGAGCACCGGCAUCGCUCGGAUGGGCAACAGAGGGUCGCAUCCUCUACGCCCUGCCCGUCAUGCUUCUCAAGCCCAGCUCCCGAUCGGCCGCUGCCGGGCGUCGCGCCAUGCACCAAUUGCGUCGCCACUUCUCAACUGCAAUCCCCGCUGUCGCCACAGCAGGGCUCUUCACCUCCACAAAGCUUGGUCGCAAGACGGGUGCGCAGCCGCUUGCUUCCGCCAGCCACCUUCCUGGACAGCGAUGGUUCAGCUCUACAGCGAGCGCUGCUAAAGAACAGGCUAAGGAGCUGCGCGUUCCGGACUCGGACGUCGUCAUCAAGCUGCAAUCGGACAGCAUCUCGAUCGAGUCGAAGCAGCUGGGUCUGCAGCCCUUCCAAUUCGAUCACAUCUGGCUGCGCGAUGCGUGCCAGGCCCCGCAAUCCGUACAUCCCAGCAACCGCCAGAAGCUCUUCCACACCAGCGACGUCCCCCUUGGCGUGCCCCUGCUCGAUGCCAGCCACCCUCCAACAUUGUCGUCCGCAGCGGAUGAGCCCGUGCUUCGACUGACGUUUGCCAAGGAGCACGCCGUCGUUAAUGCCUUCACAGCUGCGUUUGGCGAGGUCAAGAAGGCCGACGCGCCACACGUAUCCGAAGUGCCGAUCUCCUUCUUGCUCCGCCAUGCCAUCGACACCUUCUACGCCGACACGCACAUGGACAUCAUGUCGGUGCCCGAAUCGUGGGCAGCAAAGGAUCUGACGCACUUCAGGUCUGUGCCUUGGGCGCAAGGUGCCUCCCUGUCACCGUCUGCUUUGGAGGAGGGCAGUGUUGCUCGACCAGCUCGGAUUCCCUGGGAUGCGAUCCGCCCCGAGGACACGUCGGUCCAGCGCACCGAGGCGCUCUAUGCGCUCACCGAGGCGGUUCUCCGCGACGGCUUUGCGUUUGUCACGCGUCUUCCGACCGACAAGACUGCGACCGAGGAGGGCGAGAGUUCGGCGCGUCUGCGCGAUCUGGCGCUCACCAUGGGCGAGCUGCGCAACACCUUCUACGGCCUGCUGUGGGACGUGCAGUCCAAGGCGGACGCGCGCAACAUUGCGUACACCAACCUCGACCUGGGCCUGCACAUGGACUUGCUCUACUUCCAGAACCCGCCGCGCUUCCAGUUCCUGCACAUGCUGCGCAACAAGGUCCGCGGCGGCGCGAGCAUCUUUGUCGACAGCUUCAAGGUGGCUGAGCGCAUGUGGGACGAGGAGCGCGAGCUGUGGGAGGUGCUCACCAAGGUGCCCGUUGGAUUCCACUACGUCAACGACGGCAGGCACUACCGGUACACGCAUCCGACAUUUGAGCUGGCGCACGACACCGAGGGCCACGCGGGCCCGCCGCUGCAGGGGACGACGAUGCCGCGUCUGAGUGCGGUCAACUACUCGCCGCCGUUCCAGUCUCCGCUGCCGCUGCAUCCGACGGAGCAUCUCAAGACGGCUGAGCAGAGGCAGACGUUCUACCGUGCGCUCAAGCGGUUCUCGGACCUGACGCUCGCCGAGGAGUUUCGGUACGAGAAGCAGAUGGAGGAGGGCGAGUGCGUCAUCUUUGACAAUAGGCGCGUGCUGCAUUCGCGCAAAGGAUUCGAGUGGGACGAGAGCAAGCAGGGCGAGGUCAAGCGCUGGCUCAAAGGCUGCUACGUCGACGGCGACGCCAUCUGGAGCACCUACCGCACGCUGCGCACCAAGCUGCACGGCCGCGCGCCGCUGGUUCCAGGCACGCGCCGAUCGAUGCAUUCCGCUGCCGCCCCUGCCAAGCCAUGGCUCAGUGCAGCGCGAUCGUUCAGUACGAGCUCGGCUGCGUCCGUUGCGGCGCACGCAGCUGCUGGCACGGGAUCGACCGACGCUGCGACCGAGGAGGUGGACGUGAGCUCGUUCGCGCCGCUGUCUGACGACCCAACGGUGGUGGACCUGCGUUCGCUGGGCGGGCUACGGUCGCGCGAGCCCUCGACGUCCUUCGCAUCGUACCGACCCGUGCCGCCCGUCUCGACACGCACGCUGCCCAAGCUGUACAAGCAGCUGUCCAAGUCGCGCCUCACGUUCCUCGUGGUGCUGACGGGGAUGGCUGGCUACGCCUUGUGCCCGGCCUCGCUCACCGUUGCCGUUGCAUCGCCCGUGGCGACGCUGCUUGCGCUCACGGCGGGUAUGACUCUGUGUUCUGCGGCGGCGAAUGCGCUCAACCAGCUGGUGGAGGCGCCUUACGAUGCGCAGAUGCCCCGCACGCGCGGACGUCCGCUCCCGUCGCGCGCCGUCACCCCUCUGCACGCGUUCUCGUUCGCGGCCGCAUCGGCCAGCAGCGGCGUGGGCCUGCUCGCCCUCGCCGUGAACCCGCUCACGGCUGCGCUGGGCGCAGCGAAUGUGGUGCUGUACUCGUUCACGUAUACACCCAUGAAGCGCAUGUCGAUUGCCAACACAUGGGUCGGGGCGGUAGUCGGAGCCCUGCCGCCGCUGAUGGGCUGGGCAGCGUGCACAGGCACACUGCACCACGCCGCUGAUCUCGGUGGCUGGUCGCUCGCCGCAUUGCUCUUCGCCUGGCAGUUUCCGCACUUUAACUCGCUCGCCCACACGCUUCGUGCCGAAUACGCGCGCGGCGGGUACCGGAUGAUGGCCGUUACGGAUCCAGCGCUCAACCGCCGCGUUUCGCUCAGGUACGCCGUAGCGCUGCUGCCCAUCUGCACGGUCAUGAUGCCGCUUAGUGGCAUUGUGGCCCCGGUGGCAUUUGCAGUGCUCAGCACCCCGCUUAAUCUGCUCAUGGCUCAUGCGGCCUGGAAGUUCUACACGGACGGCACGGUCAAGGCGGCACGCUGGUGCUUCUGGGUGAGCCUGAUCCAUCUGCCGGCCGUCAUGCUGCUCGCCAUGGGAUGCAAGCCCGAAGUUCGGGAUGGCCUGUACCGCUUCCUUGGCUGGUCUACCGACGAGCCCAAGGAGGAGGAGAAGCUCGUCUGA